UUAACACACUGUUCUGGCUUGAAGGGAACGCUUUUUUUCGCAUACAAGAUUUGCCAAAUUACAAUUCAGAUAUAUUCAAAUUGUUAUUAACAUGGCCGAAAAUAAUGAAGCGUCGGUGGAAACCAACUGCUUCAAAGGUGGUUUUACGUUAAAGGCUUCGCGACUGGGUGGAGCAGUAUUGCGCCCAGCAAUGCUUGGUGAAUCCGCGGUGCUGGGCAGUCAAAGCAUUAACAACAGCAACAAUAGUUCUGCGUCGACAGUGACCGGCAGUGACAAGACUGACGAGAAAAACAUUGUAGUUAAUCCGUUUCUGCGUGAGCAAAGGGAAGAUGAAGACGCAUCUGCCGCGAUUGUAGAGUCUUCUGGAAAAUCAGAGAAAUCUGAUAAGGAUGAUGAUGAGAUUGAUGAGCGGCAGGAUCCAUUAGCCAUGCUACGUAAUAACGGCAUCGAGCGCACUAACAUAUUCGCUGCUGCCAAGACAAACUUGCCAAGUGUGCAGACAAGUGGGUUUAUCUUUGGCCAAAACGUGCAUGAGCGCGUCAUAGGAGAAAAUAUAAGCACAGAAAUGAGUACGGAAGCAGGCACAUCGAACGAGGCGGAAGCGACUACUUCGCAGUCGCUCUUCUCCAGCGUUAUUCAGAAGGCAGCCCAAUCGACAGACAACCACAAGGAGACUUCCGAAGCAAAGAGUUUAAACGAUGUGGCGCGGGAGUACGAGGAAAGUCGCGCGCAGAAACGCAAAUACGAGGAGGUUGAGACGUUCACAGGCGAGGAAAACGAACUCAACAUUGCUGAUGUGAGCUGUAAGCUGUUUGCCUUCAUCAAUAGCAACUGGGAGGAGCGUGGACGCGGCAGCCUGCGUCUCAAUGAUGCAAAAGACGAGCGCGAUUGUUCCCGCGUCGUUUUUCGCACCUCAGGCAAUCUACGUCUGGUGCUGAACACUAAAGUCUGGGCAGCGAUGGUGGCGGAGCGCGCUAGUCAAAAAUCACUACGUCUAACUGCCAUGGACAAUACGGGCACUGUUAAGAUCUUCUUGGCCAUGGGCCGACCGGCUGAUAUUGCUCAAGUGCACAAGGCGCUAAGCGAGCGUAUUGCCAAGCGCAAACAAACGCAUCCGGAGGAAUGCGUCGUAGAGCAGACUAAAAACGGCAUUUCGUCCGGCAGCUGCGCCGAAAGCGCACAACCCGAAUCCACUACCAACGAUGAUGAUGAUGAGCAUGACGACGAUGCUUCAGUAAUGUCAAGCGAUGCAAUGCCCUCAUCUAGUACUAAUACUACUACAUCUACUGCCGUGUCGGCUGAGGCAGACAGUAAUGAGCCCAGCCCUAAAAAGGCGCUUGUUCAGGCGGACAGCAGUGAAGAUGCGGCUGUGCCGACUGUAGAUGUCGAUGCCUGUGCCGAGGCCGAACCCAAGGAGGCCGCAUAAGAAUCCUUUAAUUACUUUAUUUUUUUUCAUUUCACCAACUUUAAUAUUGUUUGCAAAGUCUCUACGGAAAAUAAGAUGAAUCAACAUUUGCUAACUAAAUAA